AUGCGCGAGCGCGUCGCGUCAAGUCUACUUUCGGGUGCCGAAGUGGACCAUACAGCACCCUGGAUCACUGUGUCGAACUCGAUCCCGGUUGAGUUUUCGUCCGUGCACGUCCCGGAUCUUGCCGUGGGGACGCCCUAUAGUUUUCGCAUCCGGGCGAGAAAUGCUCUCGGAUGGGGUGAGUAUGGAGCACCAUCACUGGCCUUUUGGACGCACGCGUUCUUGCCGCCGACGCCUCCAGUUGCCGUCGCCAAGACAUCGUACUCGCUAACGCUUACGUGGAUGGACCAAGUGGACGUGAAUAGCCGCCAUGAUAUGAAAGAGCACUUUGAGGUGCACAUGUGCCCGCUUCCGACGUAUAGUCCGCUUGACCAGCUUGGCACCGGCACCGCCACGAGAGGAGCGUGGGCGCUCGUGGACGACAGGCUCCCCAGCCGAACGUGCGUCGUCCCCAACCUCUCAGCGCUGUCGUGGUAUUGCUUUCGCGUUCGCGCGUGGGUUCGACACCGCGGUUGGACCGAAUUCAGCCCCGAGAGUCAACCGAUCCAGACAUUGCGCCGAAUGUGA